AAUGAUAUUACUGAGAAAAAGCUUUUAGUUGAUUCUAAUAAUAAUAUCGAGGAUGAUAAAAAAAAUGGUUUAGUUGAUUCAUUUACAAUCUAUUUACAAAAUGAUAUUACCGAGCUAAAUAAUACAUUGCUAUAUAAUAAUUUGGAGAUAAAUGAGUUACAACGAAAAAAUCUGGAUGAAUUAUUCAGUUACCUUGUGUACUUUAUUACGGAUUUCAAUGCUCAUGACAAUACUUGCCUGAAAGGAAUAAAACUGAAAGCAAUCAAUCUUGGAAAAUUUUAUAUUAAACAAAGAAAUGUAUUUAUUGCAAAGGAUAGUUAUUCAAGUGGUGCUAUAGGAAGAGCUAAAUCAUCUGAAUACAAUUUAUUAUUGACGAGCAUACAUGAUAUGUGUAAGGACAUUCCCGAAUACUUGUCUAAAGUCUUAAAAGAUAAUUCU